AUGUCCAGUCACGAGGAGGAUGAACACGAGCACGAGCACGCGGACGACAGGCACGACGGACACGGCGACGAUGUCGAGGAGCAGGAGAUUCAUGUCGAUGUCGAUUCCGAUUCGCGCAUGUCCUGCGGCAGCGGCUCUGACGUGGAUAUGGACAACGGCAGCUGCUACGAUGAAUCCGAAACUCCGCUCAGCGAAUCGCUGCAAUCGGAGCAGACGCGCUCCUCGUCCAGCGAGAAUCUGCCCUUCAGCAUAUCGCGCCUGCUGUCCAAGCCCUUCGAGACCAACAACAACAACAACAACAACAAUAGCCACAGCAGCAACAACCACAGCAGCAACAACCACAACAACAACCACAACAACAGCAGCUUGGAGAAGGAACUGCAGGCGGAUGAACAGGAUCUGGCCGCAUAUAAGCUGGCCACGAGCAUUGCCAAUUCGACAUACGGGAGCGCCGCGGCGCUUUACAGCUAUCCGCAUCUGUAUCCGUCGGCGGCGGCGGCGGCAGCGGCCGCUGGCCAUGUGCUGCGUGUGCCGCCGCAGCGUACGCCGCUCACCUGGGCGCUGCCCCCACUGCAUCAUGCGGCGCUGGCCCAUCAGGCGGUCAAGGAUCGGCUGGCAGCUGCCUUUCCCAUUGCCCGGCGCAUCGGACAUCCCUAUCAGAAUCGGACGCCGCCCAAGCGAAAAAAGCCGCGCACAUCCUUCACACGCAUCCAGGUGGCGGAGCUGGAGAAGCGCUUCCACAAGCAAAAGUAUCUCGCCUCCGCGGAGCGCGCCGCCCUCGCACGCGGCCUCAAGAUGACCGAUGCCCAGGUGAAGACGUGGUUCCAGAAUCGCCGCACCAAAUGGAGACGUCAGACGGCGGAGGAGCGCGAGGCCGAGCGACAGGCGGCCAAUCGGCUGAUGCUAUCCCUGCAGGCGGAGGCCAUCAGCAAGGGAUUUGCGCCGCCAACGGCGCCGCUCAGCUCCCAAUCCGGCGUGAAUGGAGCCCCGCUGGCCGCGCUGCACGGACUGCAGCCCUGGGCGGAGGCGUCGCACGCAGCGGGCUGCUAAUUGUCAAAUAGAAGAUCAUAUAUAUAUAUAUAUAUAUAUAUAUAUAUAUGUAUGUAUGUGUAUAAGGUUUAUUUGUGAUACAGUUUGCUUUGUAAAUAGAGUUGAGAAAAAUGUGUGUGGUACAGUGAAGACACUGCAAGACGAACGCUCGGAGGUGCUCGCUGUCGAAACAAUCAAGCACAAGUUGUAAAUAUCUAGCUUUACUUCCCAUACUAUAAUAUUAACUAAUAUAAUCACUUAGCUACUUAAGUACUCGAUUUAAGUUUAAGUAGUGUCCUUUAGUUUGUAGCGCAGUGUUUCCUUCAUUUCAAUUUAAUCUCAAAAUGUCAACUUUAAACUAUAUAUAUGGUAUAUAACAUACAAAAUUUUAAAUAUAUGGCUUGUAUUGUACGUUAGUCGUAAGUCGAAUGGCAUUACCUAGUAUUAUACAAAUAAAUAGCUACUGACAAAAUAUAUAAACUAACAUA